UAAGAUGCAGCAUUUAUUUUGACUCAUAUGUUCAAAUAAUAUCCAUUAAACUACUUUUGGACAAUAUUUUUUUAUUUUAGAAUAAUGAAGAGUGGCACAUUUCGAAGCACAACAUGGGAUCCGAUUCUACUCAUAUCACAAAUAAUUUCAAUGCAGUUUGUUGUCUAUUUUUCAUUAGGAAUUUUUGUUUGUAUUGCCAACAUCUUAGCUGGUGAUAACUACACAUUGGACAACAUAUUUGAGUAUCACGAAAUUCAUAUAUCUGAUAUAGGAGGACGAUUGGUCAUUUGUGCGUUCGUUCUUAAUUCACUAGUAGCCUCCUUAGCCUUGUGGUGUAUUGUACGCCGUGCUAAAUUAUGCUUGGAUUUUAGCUGCACAUUCCAUGUUUUACAUCUUUUGUUUUGUUGGUGGUAUAAUUCAUCAUUUCCUUCUAAUAUAUCGUGGUGGCUUUUAAAUGCCACCACUACCACAUUUAUGUGUAUAGGUGGAGAAUUUUUGUGUUUAAAAUCGGAACUGAAAGAAAUACCAGUUGGUUACGCAGCAUUAAAUCAAAAAUCGGACGUUUAACGUAGCACUUAAAGUGUUAAAAAGAAAUUGGAUACUCAUGUUGAUGUAGCUUUUGCGAAAUAUUAAUACGUAAUAGUAAUUAUAAGAUAAUUAUUUAUGUUUCCUACAACUUAUAUGUAUAUAGCUUUAAUAAAUUAUUUUGUCGUUAGA